UUCGUCUAUGCAAGACAAAUCGAAUGAUACCAAAACUGAUUCGAUCUGACUUUGUUCAGUAAAAUUAUGAUAAAAAAUGUUUCGCUGGGACCAAAUGUUGUUAGCGGUGCUACACGUUUCAAUCAAACCGGUGCUGUCAUUUUUCUUCCUUUUCGACGCAAUUUUCAUGCUGAAGAAGGCCCAAAUCUUGGUUUAUUAGAUAACCAUUUUAUUCUUUCUGGGCGUCAAUUAGGUUCUGGUUUUGGAAGUAGUUUGGCUGUUUUGGAUUUAAAUAAUGAUGGAUUUGAUGAUUUACUUGUUGGUGCUCCUUUUGAAUAUUUUUAUGAUGAAGAAGAAAAUGAAAAAGGAGGGGCUGUUUAUAUUUAUUUUUCUAAAGGAAUAAAAUUAGACAAAGGACAAAAAUCAUCAAACAAUUUAAUUUUUUAUUCCCCAAUUAUAAUCAGAGGAACGACGAGACAUUCACAUUUUGGGGCGUCUUUAGCUUCUAUUGGAAAUUUAAAUAAUGACAAAAAUGGAUUUAAAGAUUUUGUUGUUGGCGCCCCUUACCAUUCUUCUGGUUCCGGCGCUGUUUUUGUCUUUCACGGCAAUGAACGUGCACACUUUUCAACUGAACCUGCUCAACAAAUUUAUGCCUAUAAUUUACCAAAUAAACCCAAUUCUUUUAAAUCUUUUGGGUUUUCUUUGGCAAAGGGUGUUGAUUUGGAUGGGGAUGGAUAUGCUGAAUUGAUAGUUGGAGCACCAGAAACGAAUGUUGUUAUAAUUUUUCGUUCAAAACCAGUUUUGGAAGUUAAAUUGGGUCAUCAAUUUGAACAAAAACAUGUUAAAAUAAGUACUUCUAGAAGUGAUUGGGGGGAGUGUGCUUUGGGACCAAGCUGUUUUUCCUUGUCAACUUCAAUAUUUUUAUCUGAUCGAAAUUUGACAGCUUUAAAACAAUUAAAUAAAUUGUUUGGUAUUGGACAAUCCCCAUUUUUGUGUAAACUUGAAGUUUUGCCUUUUGCUAGAGGUGUUCUCCCACGUGCUCUUUUUACUUCUAAUGGGGAUAAUAAAAUUAGUUGGCCGUGUGGAUCUAAUGCUGUUACUAGGGAAGAAAUUAGCCAUCAAAAGUUAUAUAUUCCGAGCGGAAACGAAGACUGGACAAAUCCUUUACGUUUUAACUUUUCAAUUUCUCUACGCAAACCUCAAUUAACAACAACAAUUAAUAAUAACAACGUUUUAUUACCAGCUAUUAGCCCAGACCAAACAUUUCAUAUUUUUGGAAUUGCUUUCGAUAAAUUAUGCGGAGAUGAUAAUGAAUGUCACACAAAUUUGGUUUUGAGUGGGGCUUUGCUUGAUUUAUCUAAACGUUCUGAUGGAUUAUACCAAGCAAAAGUAACAGAAAAAGAUGUCUUGAUUCUCAGAUUGCUAGUUGAAAAUCGUGCAGAACGUGCUUAUUUAGCCAAAUUAUAUUUGGAAUAUGAUGAAACAGAAUUGGAUGAGCCUAGUGUUGUUAAAAGGGGAGAAUUUAAUUUAAAUGAGCAUAAAGUGGAUAUUGAAAAGAGGGAAUUGGGGAAAGCUGUUUUGGCUUUAGCUAAUCCGUUGGAGGCUGGAGAAAAGCUGGGCUUCGAUUUACUCUUCAAACUUGUCCGAAGCAGUUCAGAACGUGUUUCCGCAUCACUACAAUUUAAAGCUUUUGUUAAUUCUUCUUCUGUAGAAGACUUCCCUAAAGAUAAUUUUUGGAAGGCAGAAGUUUUAUUAAUUAAAGAGGCCGAUCUUCAAUUAGAUGGGGGCUCUCGUCCCCCAAUAGUCCAUUUUAGCAGAGGAAUUUAUGCGCCUAAAGAUGAAUUUGAUAUUGGACCGCAAUUGAUCCAUGCUUAUACUUUAACUAAUAAGGGGCCGUUUUAUGCGAGGAAUGUUACUUUAAAGAUUGACUGGCCUUUACGUUUAGACACCUCUUUACCCAAUUCUGACUGGCUACUUUAUAUAUUAGAAGAACCCUUAAUUCGACAUAAUGGCCAAUUUAGACGUUGCCCUAUAAUAAACACUCAUUUACCCUCCUCUAAAUUAAUUAAUCCUUUAAAUAUUUACAAUGAUGCAACCCUAAAAUUGGAUUAUUAUUUGUCUAAAUCCCCCUAUCGACAACGAAAACCUCGAAAUUUAAUUUUAAUUAAUUCAACAAAAGAAGAGGAGGAAAAUUUAAAAUUAAUUAGACAAGGAUCUAUUCUUCAAUUAAAUAGCCCUUUAUGGCCAAAAUGGAUUAAUGAAGAAUCUGGUGAAAGGGUUAAAGUUGUUGAUAUUAACUGUAAGGACAACAGUGCCCGUUGUGUUCAAUUAACUUGCCAUUUUGACUAUAUUGGAAGUAAUGAUUCUGCUUUAAUUGAAAUUAGAGCUCGUUUAUGGAAUUGGACUUUUUCUGCUGAAGAUUACCGUCAAUUUGAUUAUAUAGCUAUAACCUCUGAAGGUUUUAUUGAAUUGGACCCGUCACAAGGAAUUUUGGAAGAAAAAAGUAACAAUUUUGCCAGAAUUACAACUAGAGCAUAUCCAGACAGACCCCAACAAGAGGAUCACAUAAAUUUGUGGAUAUUAUUAUUGUCUAUAUUAAUUGGUUUUGGAUUACUUGGAAUAUUAAUUUUGUGUUGUUGGCAUUUUGGAUUUUUUAAUAGAAAAAGGCCACAAUUAGAAUUACAUCAAGCACAUUAUGCUAGAGAAAGGGAAGAAAUGGAAGAAAGUUUUGGGGGUUUAUAA